AUGUAUGCAGACGAUGUAGCUCUAAGCACAGGUAGCCUUGGAAAGAUAGAACUGAAGCUUAGCAGGAAGGAGAGAGAGUAUCUGAACAUGGGAGAAGAUACAGCAGAGGGAAUAAUAAAGCUAGGUGAAGAUGAAGUGCCAAGAGUGAGGGAAUUUAAAUAUUUACGGUCUACAGUGCAGGAAGAUGCCGGUUCAAACAGGGAGGUACAGGAAAGAAUACAGGCGGGAUGGAAUGAUUGGAGGAAAGUCACUGGAAUUGUGUGCGACAGGCGGGUAGCAGAAAAAGUAAAAGGCAAAAUUCACAAUGUGAUGGUGAGGCCAGCAAUGCUGUAUGGGCUGGCAGCAACAUCCUUGACAAAAGCACAGGAAAGAAAGCUGGAGGAGGCAGAGAUUAAGAUGCUGAGAUAG